AUGCUUGCUCGUCGUCUACUUUUUGCCACGACUGCCCACACAAGUCGAUACAAUGUCGGACUGCGCAAUUUGCGUCCGACUUUGCGGUUUGGUUCGCUAUCCCAACUUGAUUAUCGCUCCUAUUCCGUGAUUAUACACGAGCCACCACAUGAAGAAUUGAGAAUCCCUUAUAAAACUAUGUGGGACAUACUUGAGGAGCAGCUGAGCGUUCACGCAGACAAAUCUGCUUUUAUUGACGGGAUCACACACCAGCACAUGACCUUUAAACAACUUUACGAUCGAGCUCGGCGAUUGGCCAUCGCACUUGCGAAACGGGGCGUCAAAAAAGGAGAUGGGGUGAUCGUGCACUCGUUAAACUGCAUUGACUAUCCUACUGUUGUGCUUGCGCUUACCUCACUUGGUGCCGUGUGCUCUCCUGCUUCGCCUGCGUUUUUGCCAACCGAACUGGCUGCACAGAUCAAAGCGGCGACAGCCAAGUACGUCAUCACCCACAAGGACUUGGAAAAGGCAGCAAUUGAAGCUAGCAAAUUGUGUGGCGUUGACAAAAGUCUCAUCUUUACAUUUGGCCAGUCUACUGAAGAUCUUCAGACUAUCGAUGAUCUCGUUAAGGAUGGCGAAGAUCCUUUUUUUCAAUUUGAAAAAAUAGACUCGGAGAGUAAGAUUUUCCUACCAUUUUCGAGCGGAACGACUGGUGUUCCAAAAGGUGUCGCUUUGAGCGCUCGAAACAUUUUGUCGAAUGCUAUGCAGGUCAAUCAUGUUGAAAAAAUGCGCGGAUAUUCGCUUGGCUUGCUGCCAUUCUAUCACAUUUACGGCAUGAUGCAAAUGCACCUAUCAAUGUAUCAGGGGGCGGCUAAUGUGGUCUUGCCGCGGUUUGAGCCCGAGACGUUCCUUAACGUCUUGUCUACGUACAAAAUCUGUGUAGCUUAUAUCGCCCCUCCCGUUGCUCUGUUCCUAGCUCACCAUCCCCUCGUCGAUAAAUACGAUAUCUCAGCGACGGAGAUUUUCGUGUCUGGUGGAGCCCCCAUGGGUAAAGAAGUGGAAAAACUCGUGAAGGACCGAGUGCAUAUAGCUGUCAAGCAGGCGUAUGGCUUGACUGAAGCUUCGCCAGCUGUCAACUACAGUGAAGAUUCUCAUCACAAACCUGGAAGCGUUGGUCGUUUAUUGCCAAAUACGCAGCUUCGUGUGAAGUGUACCGAAACCGACAAAGACCUCGAUGUGGGAGAGCACGGUGAAUUGCUGUACAAGGGGCCUCAGGUCAUGCUUGGAUAUCUCAAUAACGAAGAAGCAAACGCGAAGGUGUUCACAGAAGAUCGCUUUUUGCGCACUGGUGAUACUGGAUAUAUUGAUGAGGAUGGUUGUGUCUUUAUCGUCGAUCGUGUCAAAGAACUCAUCAAAUACAAGGGACAUCAGGUGGCCCCAGCCGAAUUGGAGGAUGUAUUGAACCACCAUCCACAAAUACUGGAUGCGUGUUGCAUUCGAGGCAGUGAUGCCAUGGGAGAGGAGGUACCGAAAGCAUUUGUGGUGCUGAAAGAUCCAACGAAUGCUGCCGGUUUAACAAAAGAGGAAUUGAUGGACUUUGUGGCUUCGAAGGUUGCCCCUUUCAAGAAAGUCCGUCAAAUCGAGUUUAUUGACUCAAUUCCAAAAAGUCCCACUGGCAAAAUUCUGCGGCGAGAGCUCCAGGAUUACGAGAAUCAGCACCAUAUAGCGAAAGUAGCAUAG